UGAGUUAUAUUGUCAAAGAUAAUUAAAUAUUUGAGUUGACUCGGAUUCUACUCGGAAAAGAUAUUCACAACAACAUAUUUACACUUAAAUCAAUCCUACCGCCUUCGAUUUUUCAUCUAAAAUCUCAAUUAAACAGUUGUGAUGAAGUUUUGAAUUAACAGACAAAUCUAUAAGAUGCCAGUGAAUCGUGAUAUUGACGGUGAUGAUGAGUGUUUACACUACUCCGAUGAAGACAUCGGCAUAAGUUGUGGUUGCGGUUUGAUUGGGUUCAAGAAAAACCAAGUGUUUGAUUACAGUUUCAAAAGCGAGAUAGACGAUGAUGAUUUGUUUGAGAUAAAUCUGAAGAAGGAAGAACCAUUGGAUUCAAUAAAAGAAGAAGAAGAUUACGAAAGCAGUACUGUGUUCUCUCUUGAUAUUCACAGCAAUAAGUUAUCUGAUGUUGUUUAUGUGGCAGUUGGAGAAAGUUUUUCAAGCAUGGAAGCACUUUCAUGGACCUUAAAACACUUGGUGAACCCUAAUUCUACUAUUGUUUCUCUUAUCCAUGUUUUCCCUCGAGUCAAGCGAAUUCCAACUCCACUGGGAAAAAUUCCAAGGAGUCGUGUGAAUCAAGAACAUGUUAACAUCUACUUAACCCAAGUGAAAAGCAAGAGAAAAAUUCUCCUUCAAAAGUUCAUUGACCUAUGUACUGAUUCAAAAGUUACGGUGGAGAUGUUGUUCAUUGAGGGUGACAACGUUGGUGAAGCUAUUGUAGAGCUUGUUAAGAAUCUUAAUAUUAGCAAAGUGGUGAUUGGAACUACACAAUCUAAUCUAAGGAAACAUGUGUCAAGAAGGGAGAAUUCUACUGCAGAGAUGGUGUUAAAAAAUGUAGAAGAAAGAUGUGAUGUUAAAAUCAUAUGUGAAGGAAGAGAAGUGGUGGAUGAGAUGAUGAAUGGAUGCACUUCAUCACAGCAGGAUGAAAUGGAUGGUUUUGUUCCAAUCAAGCGUUUCAUGCCAAGUCAGUUUUGGUUAUUUAAGUCUAGAUAAAAAAGACCAUCACAUUCAUGGUCAACGACUAUAAUUUAUACGAAUCAUAGAUAGUUUUUUUUUUAAUAAUUUCCAAGCUACCUAGACCAAGUAGAUUUGUAUUAGGAUUAGCAAAAAUGUUGAGUCCAUGGCACAAAUUGGACCAAAUACAUACAUAUUCACGUUUCAUACAUAAUCUCUAUCUCUAUUGCUGAGUUAUCAUUUUUCAUUAGUCUCUCCGCA